AGUAGGUGCGAUGCCAGCAGAGCUGGAACUUGUUGACCUGCGACUUUGUGCUUGAAGUUGUAAAAACGAAACUUAGCUAAAGGGAAUGUUGAAUCAGACUUUCAACAAGAGGAGCUUGUGUAUGAGAAUCAAGGAUGAAGAUGAAAACACAUCUGUAUGCUGUUACCUUGAUGAUCUUCACCAUCCUUAUCACAGGGGUAGGGCGUGACCUUACGGAGGAGCCUAACCCGCUCAGUGGAAAAAACAUCUUGGACAUCCCCAGAGAAGACAUCAUAAGCAUAAGCAGAAAAGACACCCUGGACAUCCAUGGAGAAAUCUUGGACAUCAGUGGAAAAUAUAUCUUAGAGGUCUGUGAAGAAAAUAUCUUGGAGCUCAGUGGAAAAGACUUUGCAGAGACAAGUGGAGAAGACACCUUGGACAUUGAUUGGGAAGACAUUGUGGAGACUAUUGGGUUAGGGCGGGACCUCAUGGAGGAGCCUAACCCUCUCAGUGGAAAAAAACUCUUGGAAAUCUCAGGAGAAGACAUCUUGGAGAUCAGUGGAGAAAACAUCUUAAACGUAAGCAGAGAAAACACCAUGGACAUCCAUGGAGAAAUCUCGGACAUCAGUGGAAAAGAUAUCUUAGAGCUCUGUGAAGAAAAUAUCUUGGAUCUCAUUGGAAAAGACUUUGUAAAGACAAGUGGAGAAGACACCUUGGAGAUUGAUUGGGAAGACAUUGUGGAGUCUAUUGUGUCACCAGCCCAAAUAUGUGUGUCGGCCCACCGGGAAGUGCCCUGUACGCCCGAUUGCCAGUCCAUCUAUGCUCCGAAGAAUGAUUUAAGCAUGUUGAUGAUCACUUUGUCUAGAGGAGGAACAGGGUACUUCUACCCACCUUACUUCUCUUUCUGUAAUGAUGUUUUGUCCUACCGUGCCAUGUCCUAUGCUGGCUGGACAACAAAAGCAGGUGUGACCAUGUGCCUGUGCUACCGGUUUGCCUGUGAGUUGUCACCCUAUAUUACCUUCACUAUCAGUCCGUCCAGCCAGACUAGACUGAUACUGGCGUUAUACGAUGGCAACUAUUAUUUAAAGACACACACCUGGAGAAGGAAGCUGGAGAAUUUUUGCCCAUAUCUCAAGGAAGGACAGUGGACAAAACUGUGUCUUGUUGUGUCCAAGGAUUUUGUGAAGCUCCAAACAAGCUGCUCCUCAGUAGUACUGUGGCGAGAGUAUGGGUGGGCAGAUGAGCCUGUGAUUGCUGUGUCAGGUGUGAACAGUUAUAUGACGGACUUGCAAAUGUGGGACUCCGCCUCUUGGGACAUCGCCAAGAAGUUCAUGGCCAACAGAGACCCUAUCACGGGCUCAGUGCUGAAGUGGUCUGACAUCGGCUACACGUUGACCGGGAGUGCCACUCUGGAGACGGAAUGGGAGUAAAAGUACCACCAAGAGCCAAGAAACGUGGAGAAGAAGCAAAAGGAAGGGAACAUGUUUGAUUUGAAUGAUUGUCUGAUGAAUUAUAAAAAAAAAAAACUUUUAAUGUUGCCUAAAUAAAUCAUCCAAUGUCAAGGGCUACAAAGACAUCUCAAUUAUAUGUUAUAUCUAGGGUUGUUCCAAUCAUGUUUUUUUGCUCUCGAUCCGAUCCCGAUCGUUUUAGUUUGAGUAUCUGCCGAUCCCGAUAUUUCCCGAUCCGAUUGCUUUUUUUGCUCCCGAUUAAAUUCCAAACAUUCCUGAUAAUUUUUCCCGAUCAUAUACAUUUUGGCAAUGCAUUAAGAAAGGCACCCUAAAUAACGGCAUGGCAUGAGAGAUUGUUGUAAAAUGUACAUAUUUUUAAUUGGUAUUCAACACACAAAGAUGUUCUCAGUGGUAAGUGUCAAGAUAUUAUGUCAAAAUGUAAAUUCCCUUUAAUUAACUACUAAAAUUACUAAACUAAAAUUAACUAAUUAAAAAAAAAAAAAUCACUCCAUUUAUGUGGCCUUAAUUGGCAUGUGCCUGUUUGUAGCAAGCUCAGUGUGUUGGUACUGAUGUGCAAGCCUUGGCGUUUUUGGGGCAAUGACAUGCAUACAUCCUCAUUAGUACACCUGUAAAGAAUUUGUUAAACAACCAGAAGUCAGCAGCAAGAUGACGUCUGCCUCCUCAAGAGGUAACGAACAUAUCUAGCUUGGGCAGUGUGUCGAAUGGCAAACAAUUUGGUUAGAUUGCCCUCAGAAAGAAAGUACGGCUAUGUGGAUUAACUGUAAAGUAGGGCUGUCAAAUGAUUAAAAUUUUUUAAUAAGAGUUAAUCACAGCUUAAAAAUACUUGUAGUUCUUAAAAGAUAAAUGUUAGCACAAUGUAUAGUAAUUUUAUAUUAAACCCCUCUUAAUGUUUUCGUUUUAAUAAAAUUUGUAAAAUUUUCAAACAAAAAAUAAACUAGUACCUCGCUAUUGUUUAAAAAAAAAAAAAGCUCGCCAUUGUUGAUGUUGCCGAGCGGUGACCUCACAUGGGCUCCCUGCCGUUCUUCCACAGUGUCUUUAAUUGCGUAAGGUAGUGAUUGAAGUACACCACAAGGUGUCAAUGGCAACUUUUAAAUUACUUAGAAAUCAAGCCAAUAAGUGUGUUUUGUCCCUCGACUGACGCCGUAGUUCCCUGUUUACUGGGUCCAUCCAUCCCAUUGUACUUCACGGUCAUUUGAGUGCUGGCUUCACAACAUACGAGACUGAUAGUUUGUAUGUUGUGACUAAAUAUUGCCAUCCAGUGUAUUUUUUGAGGUAAACGAAGUGUUUGAAUAGAGUUUGACCAAAGUCUGAGUAAGUUUUAUAUGUAUUUUGUAUUGCUAUUUUGAUUAGGAAUGCCAGUUGAAGCGCUUUUCUUUUUGUGAACAUUUUUUUUUUUUUUUGAGAGAUAGGAAUAUUAUUUUUGUUGUGCUUUCACUAAAUGAUACUUAUGUUUGUUGUGAAGGAGUUGUCGAGGCUUGUGCCAAUAAACGGCACGGUCCAAUGAACUCCGGUGUCCACCAUGCUUUUCUCUGCCUCCUAGCUCUCAAAAGUGCAGAAAAACAGCGUCAUUGUAAUCUGUUUGAGGCAAUGCAUGAGACGGUCAUUCUGCGAAUGCAUUAAAUGCAUCAAAUGUUUUUACCUGAUUAAUUAAAAAAAAUUAUUACCGCUCGUUAACGCGAUAAAUUUGACAGCACUACUUUAAAGCAACAGAAUUGAGUUGUACCGUUUUAUAGAAGGCAAGGAA